CAAACACCGUAAUUUCAGGAGCUUGAAUAAUUCAGUUUCCCUGUUGAUGGUUGUAUAAAUAUGAUUAGAAACGUAUGCUUUGAUACUGAAAAUAAUAUUUUUAAGCUUUAAAAUCUUUGACUUAGGAAGGUUUUUUAAAAAAUUACUUCUCGAAACAAGAAAGAGAUAAAUCCGUGGAAUGGUUUGCCCGAUCAUUAGUUUUAAAAUAAUUAAAUAUGCUGAACUGGGUGCAACUUGGUGCGCAUAUCGAAAUCUCUUCAGCACUUGUUUGGAGUAGAUGAUACUUGGGAUUGGUCCGAGGUUACAUUGACUUCGAAAGAUACUUCGCUGUUUAUUAAAAGUCUUUCAGCAGCUGAGUGACGGUCGAUUUUGUGAUUUUGACUACAUUCUAGGUCUAACAAACUGUCAUUGCUUCAUGAUGUUUUCCUUCAAUAUGUUUCCCGAGCCAAUGCGGCCUUUCAACACGCAGUAUCGCUGUUACUCUGUGUCCAUGUUACCUGGAAAUGAACGACAUGAUGUGGAGAAAGGAGGAAAAAUUAUCAUGCCUCCUUCUGCCUUGGAUCAUUUGACACGUUUAAACAUUGUAUAUCCUAUGCUGUUUAAACUUACCAACAGCAAGACAAAUAGGGUAACUCACUGUGGAGUAUUGGAAUUUGUUGCUGAUGAAGGAAAAGUAUAUCUUCCUUAUUGGAUGAUGAGGAACUUGUUGCUCGAAGAAGGUGGGAUUCUUCAAGUCGAGAGUGCAACACUACCUGUAGCAACCUUUUCCAAAUUUCAGCCCCAAUCUGAAGAUUUCUUGGACAUCACUAAUCCUAAAGCAGUCUUAGAAAAUGCCCUUCGAAACUUUGCCUGUUUAACAGCGGGUGAUAUUAUUGCUAUUGAAUACAACAACAAGAUCUAUGAGCUAUGUGUGUUAGAAACAAAACCUGGAUCAGCAGUGUCAAUUAUUGAGUGUGACAUGAAUGUAGAGUUUGCUGCUCCAGUUGGAUACAAAGAACCUGAGAGAAAGCAAUCAAACCAAACCUCUUCACAAGAAGAAAUGAAUUUUGACAUCAACAACUUACAAGUGGAUAAUCCAGAAUUUGUGGCUUUCAGUGGAAAAGGAAACAGGUUGGAUGGGAAAAAAAGGAACAGACCCACUAAUUUCCUCAACCAAUAGGCUUCUUCAGAAAAGGUAUAUCUUAUCUCUGUACUACA